AUGUCAACAACAAACAGUGAUGAAGACCAGAAGAGGAUUCUUUACGAGUCUCUUUGCACAGUCGAGGCUGAGAACCUAAGCGAGGCGUGCACCAACGCCAUAGAAGGGAAACGAACAGAGACGGGAAAAAAAGCUCAUAUCAUAAGAUUUAUUGGAGAGAUGUGCUGCUGUGGAGACAUGUUUGACACAGAUGCAUUUAUAAACGAGUCUGUUUUUUCAGCCAUGGCAUAUAUAGAAAAGGACAUUUCCGGCGUCAAGGAUGUGUUCAUCAGUGCCGAGUCGGAGGAAAACUCUAACAACUGUGCAAAGUUACUUGAACUGAAUGAGAAGAUAGAGUAUUCCUCUGUCCAUCCAAAGGAUGUUGCAAUGGGAUUCCGAAUUUAUACUGAGGAAAACAUAAAGAACGUAAUCCCGCACAAUGUUCGAAAAAAGGUUAUUGAAGCGUACAGGAACAAUGAUGAGGAAAAGAAGAAAACAAUAAUCCCUCGAAUCCCGUUUGUGAUAGGAGAUUCGAAGAGGAUGUUUCUUAAGUCUCUGAAAAGCAUUUUCCUUGCGAUCGAGGCAAACAAUAAGGACGAGGGAGCUAAUGUGGAGAAGAUAUACAGGAUAUUUGGGUCCCUUAUUAUAAGAAGGCCUGAUGGGAUGCUUGACACAGAUGGAGAAACAUUGAAGAUGAUACUGAUGGACUUGAUGAAAGCCGAUUUUGAUGAAUUCCCUGUUUCAUUCUACUCAUGA